CGGGUUAGUUAGGUUCUUUCAAUUGAUCAAGUAACAUCGUACAUGAAGCAAAGCGCAUACUAGAGAGAAAUCAGAGUUCUUUCUGAACUUCAAGUCAGUCAAGAGCUAAGCAAGAAAAAGAGAAACCUAUUCAAACGUACAACCCAGCGCUUCAGAGAGUCGCUGCUUUUUGGUCGUCACGUUCUGUAAAAGAGUACACACAACGUUGAGUUAUUUCAUAAAUUUUAUCAUUAUUUAGUAAUUAAAAGCUAGUAGACUCUUAACAAAUUGUCACCAAAAGUUACAAAGUGUUUGUCUGUGAAAAAUCGUAAUACAACAUCGAGUUUCUCCUGUGAUACAAAAGGGGGAACAAACAACCAACAAGCAAGACCGGGUGAAAACUGCUGCUGUUCGAUUUCGAGGAGCACAGCGAAGAAAAUCGAUGAAAAUCGAGGAAAAGUGUUAGCGCUGUGAAUUUGCAAAAAGAAGGCUAUGAGCAGCCGGUCUCCAGCAGAAAAGUCCUCUUCGUCGUGCAUUGCUUAGGAUUUUCAAAUUUUGUCGGCCAAUCAGCAAAAAGUUGAAAAUCAGUCAAGGCGCCGCAACACAACACAAAAAGAUACAAAUGAAGAGUAGAUUAUUUAAAACGCGAGUAAAACGUAAUAUUUAAACAACAACAAAAAUACAAGUUUAAUAAAAGUAAAAUAAAAUCAAGUGAUAAUCAAGUGCUGUGAAUUACAAAUAAUUUUUAAACGUAAGCUUAAAGUUAAGGAGCCAACAACCCAAGGAAAAUCGACAAAAUCCUUAAAACAAGUCGAGGUCGCUGACACAGAAAGAGAGCAGAAGCAAAAAAGUUCUAAUAACAACGUCAACCCAGUGAAGUUUAGCAAAACUGAAUCUGAAGAAGUGUCAAGAAAAAACCUUCGUCGGAAAGCAAGCCCAGUGAUAUUGCUUCGCUCCGACCGACCUUUAUGAGUGCGAAUAAAGCUGCCAUCGACGAUUUGGUUGAAGAGUUUCUGAAAAUGGAACUCAUUUCCGUUCCUCCAUAUCCAGGCCAGUUGGGUUAUCUAGGAUCAAACAAAGUCAACGAUUUCCGAACACCGUUGAUGCCGAUUCCGGCCAGCACGAACAAAGCCUCUAAUCAGCGCCAUCAGUCACAGCCGCAGCAGCCCAGCAGUCAGCAGGUCGAUCAGCGGAACCACCACAAUCAUCAUCAUCACCACCAUCACCACCACCAUCAUCAUCACCACAGCAGCAGCCAGGCGUCGCAGGAGAACCAGCAGCCGCUGGAACCGGCAACGGUUGCGCUCACCGCGUCGCCCCACGAGGAUGCCCUGCAAGCGCUAGCCGCCCGGCUCGAGUCGGAGCUGCGGUCGGCCAAGCGGCGGCACCUAGUUUGUACCGAAGUAUUACUCCCGGCAGAUAUGUUGCCCCGGAUAGCGGCUGAGAUGUUCGAGCUGUCCGAGAAGGAACCCUGCGGCAUCCGCGGCUGCACGCUGUACAUCGAGUUCGAGGACGAACCGGAUAACAGAAGGCGGAUUGCAACAAUGAAAACCGACCCAACGACAGUAUCCACCUUCGAGUUGUACCUGACGCUCCGGCAAGACCGAAGCGGCUGGACUUCGAUCCUGCCUGGCUUUCUGAAAAACCUAGCCCGAGGCAGCACGAUCAUGAUUAGUCCCGAGUUCUCGCUGACCAAGAACAAACUCUAUCAUGCGUACUCGGACUAAGUCCAUCCAGCAGCACCAAAAACAAAAAAAAACUUCGCCAACAACCGAAGCCAACUCUAGCCGGUUGCUAAACAAGAAAAAAAGAACGUUACAAAGGUAGGAUUUUUCCAAAACAAAAAAAAAACUUUUAAACACUCCUUUCCGACCCGUGAAACAAAACCGGAUAUCUGUGAAGAAACAAAAAUGGAAAAAAAAGUCAGGUCUCUUCCCAAUGAGAGACCCUUAACAGCAGUCGUCAUCGUACCCAGCGUUCUGCCAUCACUGGAACAAGUGUUGUCCCCCUUUAUAAAAUCCGAAGGGGGCUCUCAAUGGCAGCGGUGAUUCAAAAAACAAAGUGCGUUUAAAAUUGAUCUGAGAUCAAAAGUCAGGCACACAAAACUAUCCCUCAACCCCCUAAAACCCCCAAAAACCUUAAGUGAGCACCAGGAAUCCUACAACAAACAAAACGGCAGAAGCAGUAAGCAGCAAGCAGCAACAGCAGCAACCGCAAAACUAAAAAAAAAAAAACAAAACCAAGUGAUGUUUAAGUGUAGUUUCGAAGAUGAUGAUGAUGAUGAUGAGAUAGUUGUUUAGUAGCAAGCAGCAAGUAAUUGGCCCCCAAGGAGUAAAAAUUGAACUAACACAACUCUCUCUCACACAAUUCAUCCAACUUUUUAAUUUUCUGUGUUUAUUAAGAGUAAGAUUGAAAAACAAAACAAAUUCGUCGUCAUUGUGAAGUUUCCGCAAACGCGGGCUUCGGAACAGCCAAGCAAAAAACAAACAAAAAUUUAUCUGUGUGUAUAGUUGAACAAAUUGAUAAAAGCAUAACAAAUUAAAAAAAAAACGGGAAGGAAGGAACGAAACACAUCCCUUAUCGAUUGGAUGUAAGUGUGAGCCACAGAAAGAGAGAGAGAAGCCUUCGAAAAACUAAUCGGUAAACAGAAAAGUACUACUAAAAACAAAUCAGCAAAAAUAAUCAGAAGAAGCGGAGAGCUGUGGCGGCUCGCAGCCAGAAAGCGGCGCGCCUCUAUUAGGUAUGUUCAUUUUCAAAUUAAAACAAUUUAUUGUGAUGAUUUCCUAGUGAUUUUCAAAUUGCAACCCGUGGACUCCCCGUUUUUCGUGGUUUCUCCAGAGUAAUCAAUUUCUACGGAUUUUUCCGGAUGGAGCCCGCUUCAACUUUAGCUGGCUGGUAGCUUUGGAUUUUCAAAAUUCGCUGCUCCUCCGGUGCGCUUUCCGCGUAUAAUCAAUGAUUGUGAUACGAAGUGGGUUCCGAACGGAAAUUCUGGGGAAACAAGCGCUGGAGAAAGUUUCCUGGGAUCCGGGGGAUCCAUGGGUGUGUUAAGUUUUUCUCUCGAACGAAGUAAAAAAAAACGAAGAACAAAAACCCACAAUAAUCAGAAUCGUAUAAGAUUGAUACAAUGUACAAGCGUUAUCGUGAUCCAUAAGUAAUUGAUGAUACCAUUUUUCUACGUUAUUCGUUUUUCGUUUUUGGCCUUAGGAAUUUCAAAUUGAAUCAAAUCGAUGUUAUCAUAAAAAGUAAGCGUUCUUUCGGAAGCAAAAUUUUCUCGGUUGACCCACUGUGAACUCCCACUUGUGAUUUGAAAAUAAUCAAAUAUUUUCGGUAGCUUUUUUUAAAAUUUCUUUUCGGAAUUGGCCUUUUGAAGUUUUGGACGUGUAUGUAGAAUGUUCCUACGAAUCGGUUCGAUGGAUUCGGCAAAGUGGAAGAUGCUUAUUUUUCGAAAAAAAAACCCUAAAAAUUUAAAUUAGAAGUCAAAAUCAAAAAGCGGAGCGCUGAAAAAUUUGAAUCAUAGAUAUUGCGGGAAGGAGGAGUCGAGUGAAAAAAACACAUAAUUACUCAGAUAGAGAGAGAGAGAAGGAAAAACAACCAGAAAAACGAUAAAGCAUUUGUGAGUAAUCUUUUUAAGGGAUCUUAACGCUAAGGCAGAGGUUGAGAACUUUUUUUUUGUGUCGAGGAGAAAAACGCCGAACGUUUUACUUUGUCUAUGUGUAUAAAUUAUCGAUUAAUUAACUCUAGCUGGUAGGCACGAGAGAAGGCAGGAGCUGACGAAGAAGAUGAAGAAGUAGAAGUGGAAAAAGCGAUCAUUUGUGAUAUUUGCACUAAUUAAGGAUUCAAUUCUCUGUUCUCUUUUGUUUAAAACUACUAUUUUUAACCCACACAUACGAAUGCGGCAGAUUUCGGUUGCUGCAGGUUUUCUUUUUUCUUCUGCAAACUUCUUUAAUUUGAUCUCAGAUUUAUUGAUAAAGUUGUAGUAAUGAUAAAUUUCCAAACAACUAACAAAACAGCAGGCAAAACAGUUCUAGAAAGAAAAAAAACAGCUUUUCGAUUUGCACGUACUGAUCUCCGGUAGUGAGAGAGGGGAAAUUUAAACAACAAACAAUCAAUCAACACACAUACACAUUUUCUCAUUAGCGCAGUUGUAAUAUCAAAGGAUAGCAAACAAAAAAAACUAAUCAUCAAGCUAUAGAUUUUGUGGAGCAAAAGUACAUACCCCCAUAGGUCGAGAUAAACGGAAAAAACCAUAAUCAAUUAUCAAAUCAGAAUGAAAAAAAAACACUAGAAAAACCCUCUUCUCCUACUGUAAAACGCCCUCUUGAUACUACUCUAAGCAACAUAUUAAACAAACAAAAAAAUAAAAUACAAACCGGUAUAUGCAUAUUUCAUGGUUUUUUGAAAUCCACACAACACACAUACACAUGUCCACGUAAAAAAAAAACAAACAAACAAAAAUCAAAUGAUCAAGUUAAUAUCUUUUUUAAUUACAACUAUAUUAUUACACUUUCUCAAUUGUUUGUUACGGCGGAACAAGUGUACUAAAAAACAAAAAUCAUAUAAUCCGAUAUGUGUCUGUAGUAGUUAUCAACAAAUCAUUAAUCAAUAACGUGUUAUAGGAAACAAAACAAAAAAAUCAUAAAAAUAGAAAACCAAUUUUAAUGCAUAAAAAAUCUCUUACAAAAAAAAAAAAAACAAAAUAAUACAAACACUGAUUAAUUAUCAUUUUUAUUUUAACAACAUUGUUUGUCAUGAUUAUAAAUGUAAUAGAUACAAAAUCGAACGCGGGAUUUGAAUUUCUGUUUUAAAAACCGGUGUGUGAAUCGAACAAACCCCCCGAGAAGCUGCUUGGGGAGUCGUCAAAAUUUGGAGAUUGCAUCGCCUCCCGAAACGAGGAACCGAACUCAGUCUAAAUCUAGCGAAAAAGUGGAAAGUUGCCGAUGUCUAAAAAUCGCGCAAGUUCCACGGUGCCGAAAAUCUACGCAAAACUUGAUCAGUUGAAGACCCUAUUCUCAAUAUCUCUUUAGCCCGACUUUCGGGUGCUAUGAAAAGCAAAAACUAACGAGAAAUGGUUCACUUCCUCGUUCCGUGCGCAGCGAUGGCAUCUCCGGAAAACCGAAGACGACUCUCGACGUUUCGACGAGGGGCACCACGAUUUAUCACUUCUUCAAUCUCUCUGAAUUAAGCUGGAUUUCUAAUUUUGAGUUGAAUGAACAAAACAAAAAAAAAAGUAUUACAAAUCCUUAAAAACAAAAAAGGAACAAAACAAAACAAAAAAAUCACCGCCUUCGAUUUUACGAGCUGUCCCACCAUUGUGAUUUUUAAGUGUAAGCUUGUGUAGGCCCCCUCCCCUUUGCCCGAACUGACUUCUUCUCGUAAAGCUGCAACCGGUCUUUGGAUACUCCCAUUGGAAAACCGACGCAAUCUGCGAGAAAGUAGUGUGAGGUGGUGGGGUGGGGUGAACAAAUUGAAAUUGGACUCGGGUGGGCCCCUCGGCUUUCUCUGGAAGCGAGCUGGACCCGAUUAGCGCCCGAAAGUUUUCGUCACACCUCUUCCCUGUUUGUUGGGUUGAUGAAAACUGGAAAUUCGAUACAAUAAUAUGAUGGAAACAAAUAAAAAAAAACCAACUGAAAUGGAUAAAACAUGCUGAAAAAACGUGAUUAGGAAGUAAGUCAAAAAAUAUUUAAUUGAGAAAAGCUAAAAAAAAAAACAGAAAAAUCCACUCUAUAUGAGAAUGAUUAUUAUAAAAAACGGAGAAAAAGAGAAAAAUGAAAUGUUUGAUAUGAAAAAAAAAUUGUGUGUGUGUUUUUCUAUAUUUAUAUGAUCUAUAUCGUAACAAAAAAAAAACAAAAUAAAUUUAAAACACUAGGAUUUUCAAAUUUAAUAAAUUAUUGUAACAAACAAAAAACAAAUUUUUAACAAACAACCCACAAAUAAACACAAGUUAGAACUCAUCCACUGUUUGCUUUACUCAGAAAACAAAACUAAUCAAGAAAUUGCCCGUACUAACUACGAACUGCAAAAUCAACAACAAACAACACGACAACAAAAAAACGCGAGUCAAUUUUUCUUUUCUUUUACUAAAACCCCAUACAUAUUUAUUACAAACAACAACACCUUUCGCCCAAACAACUUUUUUCCGGAACAUAACCAGACCCUCACUCUUCUCUGAAGCUUCUCGUGUUCGUUUGGUAGUUUAACUACGGAAAAUUUCGGAACCCAUUUUUCGACCAGCCUAAUCAAAACAAACAAACAGAUCUAUAAUGUAAACGAAAACCGAAAAGUUUUGGUACAUUCCUAACAGAGCUUAGCAAUCCAUCGCCUACUAUUUAUUGAUCGCUUUUUUUUUAGACACUCGCGUUUCCAAAAAAAAAUCCUCCAGAAACAAACGCCAAUGGAGCAACCGCGCGGCUUAAUCAAAGCGCGGUAGAAUUGAUCUCGUUUCCAUUGAUUGCAGCACCUCUUUCUGUCUGUUUCCCUCCCGCGAAUCCAAAAAAUCAAUGAUGGAUCAAAACUUGAAUGAAGAAGUAGGCGAUGGGUUUCUCAGCUAAUGCCCCCGAAUAGUGCCGAAUGUUCGCCCGACAAGGAAAGAACUCAAAAUCUCGUUCUACGCAAAAAUGAAAAAAAAAAAUUAAUAAUAAUAAUAGUAAUGAAAAAAAUUCUCAAGAGAUGUGAUACGAUCUUAGUUGAACAAGGUAAUCGAAAAAAGUAAAAUAACAGAUUAAAAAAAAACUAGAAACAAAUUACAAAAUUAUACAUUUAGGAAACGAAGCGAAAUCCAUAUCCCCAUAACUCACUCACUCAAUGACAAACUUUCACACACUUACACAAAUACUGACACACACACACAAUGAUCCAAAUUGAAUCAGCGGCAGAAAUAGGCAUAAUCCGAAUAAUGACCGAAUAAACUAAACCAGGCAGGCGAACUAUUGUAUAACUCAAACAAAACAAAUUAUGAGAACAAAACGUAAAAAAAUACUGCAUGUUUGUAUUAGUGGUUUUCGUAUACUUAUCAGAAUGGAAGAAAAAACAAAAGAAGCAAACUUAAUAGAAACCAGAGGAAAAAAAUACAAAAAAUCAUAAUAAUAUCAUAAAUAUAAAUACAAAAAAAAUCCAAUGAGAAAAAAAAACAAACAAAAAAAAUACUGUUUUUCGUUUCGUAUUGACAAGUUUUUUCGAUGAAAGCCCGGAUGCCGGCAAACGGCACUCGGCGCGGAAGCAAACUAUUUUUAAUUUCCCUUGUAUUAGUAGUACUAGUGGAAGAGAAAAGCACAACGUGAUCAAGUAAUGUUAAUGGUAAAACAAAAAACAAA